CAGAGGCCAACUCAUGGCUGGUGCUCAAUGCCCUGUGGGUUUGUUCAUUGGCUCGAUGACGCUGUUCUGAUCAAUCCUGCAACAAGAGGGUCUAGGUUGCAGCACGGGUGUUAUCGAGAAUCCUAGAUACGAAUAGCGUUGACCUACUGGCUACGUGAGUGGAAAACCUCGGCCCGCUCGGAUACUUCGCUUGGCCCGAGAUAUCCUUCCUUCGCUUUGCCCGUCCUUUGCGUCAACGCCCCUCCCUCCUCCUCAAGACAACAACGUCUUCCCUGUAGCUCCGAGAAUUCCAACUCGUCAGCCGGCUGCAGAUAUUCACACACGCCCAACCAUGGCUGGAAAACACCGCCUGCAGCGGUUCACCUCGCCUUCCCGUGGCCUGUCCCUCUCACUGCACAUCCUUGGGCUUGCCUCCUUCUUCCAGUCCUUCCGCCUCCUGUCCGCCUUCCCGACGCCCGUGAACCAGGCGUAUGGCGGGAGCUUCCAGUUCCUGACCAUCAUCGGCCUGGCGACGGCGACUCUGGCCUUCAUCCUAGGCCUGCUGGCCGACCUGACGCUCAGCCCGGCCCUGUUCGUCGCCAAGAACUUUGUUGCAAUAUGUUCGAGUCCGCUCGAGGCUCUCGUCAGCAUCCUCUACUGGUCAAUCUUCUUCUACGACAAGACGCUGCUGUAUCCCGCCGAGUUCCAGCUCCCUUUCCAGGCGGACUUUGGCUACCACGCGAUGCCGGCCAUCAUGCUCACGGCGGAUCUCUUGCUGUUCAGCCCUCCGUGGACCAUCAAAGCGAACGGCGCCAUGGGUCUUGGCAUGGUCCUGGCCUUUCUUUACUGGGGCUGGAUCGAGCACUGCUUUACCAAGAACGGAUGGUACCCGUACCCGAUCCUCGACAUUCUCACGACGCCCCAGCGUGCCGUGUUUUUCGCCUUUUGUGCCAGUCUCGAGGCCGGGAGCACCAUGGCCCUGAAGUGGCUGUAUGGAAAGCUGAACGGGGUUGAAGAUUUCAAGCGGGAGGCUCUCAAGCCCGCAAAGCUAAGCUAGAAAGCCUCGGCAGCCGCGCCCUCACGGGUAUGCUAUUCUGCCCCCUGAAUGUAUUGGGCUCAGGGGAAACGAGUAGCACGUGGUGAUCCAUGGCGGGAAUGACGCAGGCAGUCGCAGCUCCGGCGGCGCCCGUGCAUCCGUAAAUACUUGACCCGAUUUUGCAUGUAUGUAUCUGCGUCUCUUUGGCCUGCAACUCGACCACCAGCUGAGUCAUCCAUCAAUUUUCCCACACACUUUUUUUCUUUCGAGUCACACCAGACUGUGCAGAAAAAUACGACUUAUACGGUAUCAACGAGGCUGGACUCGCCUGGUCUUGUCAGAAGCAAUAAAAACGACUUGAGCAACCCCUUGGCUGCGGUAAUCUUGGCAA